AUGUCUUCUUUCAAGGCCAUUCAUGGCAUCAUUGUCAGAGAAUUAGACGGCGAUUCUAGUGAUGACCUACAGCUAGUCAUCUGGGGUGGCCAAUGUUUGACCUUAAUUUGUAGAUCCCAAAUCGAGGAGAUCAUCUCUCAAAGUGUGGUUAGUAUCACAGAGACCGCGACAUCCACCAGUGAUUGGGUCCUCAGUGUUGCCUUUUGUCCUUGGGAAAAGCAGGGCUGUGUUGCAGUUACUGCCCAUAAUGCAAUGAUUCAAGCAACUCUAUCGAAAGGAGACGGACCGAUAAGAUUGCGACAGUUACAACCUUCUUCGCGGUCCAUGUUGUACUCUGCUAGUCUUGUUUGCGAAAAUCAAGAUACUGUUAUAGUAGCAGCGGGAACUAUCUUCGGCGAGAUUAUCGUUUGGAAAUGUGUUGCUACCAAAGAUAGAUCUACAUAUCACAAUGAAGCUCUCUUCGUUUUUACUGGCCAUGAAGGUUCAAUUUUCGGUGUCGACAUAUCUCCACAGAUUAUGGGUGAUGAUGGAAAGACCACUCGGUUGCUAGCAAGUUGUAGCGAUGAUCGUACUAUACGGAUAUGGAACCUUGCAGAAGGUUUACAAAGUGAUGUAGACGCCAUGAAGUUAGCUGCCGACUUAUUGCCACGAGAAACAGGUUUCGGCGAGCCUGCAGAAGCUCAGCAUGACUCUAAUGGUUCCAAUAGAUGUGUUGCUGUAACCAUGGCUCAUGCAUCUCGUAUCUGGAGUGUCAAAUUUCAUUGCACUGAUGUUUCAACGUUUGGCACUUCCCCAAUUACUGUUCUCUCUUUUGGGGAAGAUUCAACAGCUCAGCAAUGGGCACUAGGACUUGGGAGUGAACUGCAGAAUGGAGGUAAAGCUUCUGGUAUUCUGGAGCUUGAUGUUUCAAAACUUAGCUCAAAUGUUCGUGCUGAGCUGACGCAUAUCAAAACAUUCGCUUUCCACACUGGGAAGCACAUUUGGUCGGCUGCCGUCACCCAGAUAGAAAACAAUCGGAGUUUGCUUGCCACUGGUGGAGCGGAUGGAAAAAUAUCAACCUACUGUUUUGACGAAGUAAAGAAGACUGAAUUAUUCUCUACUGACCCGUUAUGCAAUGUCGCCGCUGGAGCUCUUGCAAUAGAUCACUCGGUUGAAGGUUCAUUUUCCUCGUUAGCUUUUGAGCUUGAAGAUGUGUUCAAAUCUCUUACUUCCGCCGAUUCUUGUUCUGAAAGGAAAGAGGAGCAAAAGCAGGAAUCCUUGGUAUCAAGGAAGAAGGCGCCCAAAGAUGCGUUCAAUCGCUAUGCAUUUGUAUCUGAAAAUGCCUUCCUGAUUACAACAACAUUUGGGAAAAUUCUUCGAGCAACUAUCGAGGAUAAGAUUACGUUCGAAGAACUUUUUCUGCCAGAAUCAAGUACUCAAGAUCUUAAGUCGUACUCCAUUCUAAAAGGAAAUUCGACUCUGGAAUUGUGCUUUUUGGCGGGCACCAAUGGAAGGAUAUUUCUGUAUCAACCAGGUUCGCCCAUCGUCGAGAUAGGGUGUGUUGAGCGAAAACCAUCCGAUAUGUUCAUUGUCCAAAAAAAUGGCAAUAUAUCAUUUGAUUUAUUGAUAACAUUAGUAGGAACCCAAGAAUUGACGGCGUUAUCCUUCGAUUUGCAAUCUUCCGGCCAACAGCCUGUUGUCAAUAGAAAGACCCUCUCAUUACCUCCAAAGUUCAUAGUCACAGGUGCUGGUAGAUGUGACGAUAAUCUCGUCCUUGGCUCUAGAGAAGGAGCAAUUGCAGUACACGACAUGAGCAGCAACUCUUUAACUACCUGGAAUUCGCCGGGCAGAAAAGAUGCCAUCACUUCCAUUGUCUCUGUACCAAAUCCUGAAUCUCAACAAACUACAAGCUAUUUCGCAAUCACGAGUCGAGAUGGGCUGUAUGCCAUACUGUCUUACGAUAAUGCUCAACCCGAAGCCACAAAAAUUUCAUGUGUACAUUCGGCUGCACCACCAUUUGGACCUAUGAUUGAAGCCUGCUGGUUUCAAGAUUCUGACCUAAUUCUAUAUGGAUUCAAAGGCAAAAGCCUGAUCGUCUGGAAUGAGACGAAACAGUCUGAAGUUAUGCGUAUCGAAUGCGGAGGAGCUCAUCGAGCUCAUGCAUAUUCCCCACUAAAGAGUGCUGAUGGAGGCGGCAGUGGGCAUUUGAUAUACACAAAGGCAUCACAACUAUACCUUCAUUCCCAAAAAGUUCCUUCACAUCGCACUAUUAAACCCGGCGGGCAUGGACGAGAAAUUAAAGCAUGUGCUGUAGGAGGCUUUCCCCAAAUGAUAGCUACCGGUGCUGAAGAUACCAAUAUAAGAAUAUGGCGGUACCAAAACACCAAUAACCACAGCCCCGACUCGCAAACCCUCACCUGCCUCUCUGUAAUUCAAAAACAUACAGCAGGACUCCAACAUCUUCAUUGGCACAACUCAAACUAUCUCUUUAGCAGCGGCGGCGUCGAAGAAUUCUACAUCUGGUCCAUUCAAGAAAUCCCUGGAUUCGGUCUCGGAGUAAUCAGUGAAGCAUCAUGUCCUGACCCUACCGACGAGCAAGAUUUACGCAUUAUGUCUUUUGACGUGUCGGAUAUUCCCGGAAGUCAUUCCGAGGAAAUGAUUAUUACUCUUGUCUAUUCAGAUUCUACAAUGCGGACUUACGUCUAUUCUAAAAAGAGAGGGUGGAAAUUAUUAGCGAGUGGAAGGUAUACUUCAGCAUGUCUGAUGCAAAUCAUCCAUCUCCGCAUCUCUCAGACGGAAAUAAAAUUUUUGACCGCUGCCACGGAUGGAAGUCUCUGUAUCUGGACCACUCCACUUACUCUCCUCCACCAGGAUCAAGUCUCUACCACUUUACCUCAAACCCCAGAACCCACACUCCUGUCUCACACAAAAAUUCAUCAAAAUGCCAUCAAAACCCUCUCUUACAAAUAUACCUCCAGCAGCAGCACUCCGCAUCUAGUAGUGAUAACAGGUGGUGAUGAUAACGCCAUAGGAAUCACCCUCUACCCACUAUCUCCGUGCAACCCCGAUGAAGAAUUCACAAAAUCGACUUCGAUGCUCCUGCCUGAUGCACAUGCGGCUGCUGUGACGGGUAUUUCUUUUCUUCCAGACCCUUCCAAUCUUCCCAAUAUCUCAGAUGAGAAGACGGAGAAGAAGGGAAAGAAAGACAAAAAUAAUCAAGAAAAAGAAACUAUGUACAUACUAUCCACGAGCACGGAUCAACGAGUAAAAACAUGGCGUAUUGGUAUUUUAUCUAGAAACGAGGGAGAUGGGAUGUGUCCGGCAGAUGUGGAGAUGCUUGGGGAUGAGUUUACGGCGGUUAGUGAUAUUGGGGAUGUAGCUUUGAUUUGUGAGACUGAUGCGAUGGGGAAUGGGGAUGGGAAUGGGAAUGAAAAGGGGGCAAAAGCGGUUAUUGUUGGGAAUGGGAUGGAGAUUUGGGGAUUUGGGGGUUUGGGGAGGUGA